CCAUUGUGAAAUCCCAGAAAGCUUAUCAUGGGGUUGUUCAUGCUUUGGAAGUUUUCUUUGAUCUUCAAUGGGCGAUCUGAGAUUUUAAGAUUAGUCUCCCUAAGUUUUCAAUGCUAAUCCUGUUUCUGUGUUUUUGUUAUAGCGAGAAUUUCUUGAAUGAGGAUUGGGAUCUUAUAGAUUUUGAAAAGCUUGCUGAAGGGGGUGACUUACCCAUCGAAGAACCAGUAGAUGGUGCCAUCGACAUCACUCUUGACUUUGGAGAUAUGUGUCCAUUUACGAGCGCUGGAGCUGAAUUUAAGGGCACUGGAACUAAUUUUAAGUUCUAUGGAAAUCAUGAGGCUACCAUUAAGAUGUACACAAGUGACACCCUCAGGAAGUUGAGAGAAGAGAUACUAAGGCACUUUGAUGAACAUUUGGGGAUCGAAUUACGUUUUGGUGAAGAAGUGAUAUUGAAGUUAGACGGCGAUACUGUGUCCUUUCGGGAUUGUGACAUUAGCAGGACUCAAGAUAUCAAUGUUAUCUUGAGAUCACCACCACCAAUCUAUGAUCUCGGUGACUUGACUUCUGUUGGGGAGAUAGAUGUGAUAAUACAUGCAAAAGGAUUUCCAAGGUUCAUUGUUCCAGUGUUUUUGCUGGAUUCUGUGCAAGACAUCAAGGAAAAGAUUAUGAUGAUCACAUUCAUUGACCAGGAGAACCAAAUGCUGUAUUACAGAAAGAAGGUGCUUGAAGAGGAUAGCAUACUUGCCUACUGUGGACUGUACAACAACUGCCGCAUUCAGUUAGUUAAUACUGGCAAACCCCGCGAACCCUGCAAACCCUCUGCAUCUGAGCCUGAAUCAUCAACACCUGCAUCUGAGCCUGAAUCAACACCUGCAUCUGAGCCUGAAUCAACACCUGCAUCUGAGCCUGAAUCAACACCUGCAUCUGUGCCUGAAUCAACACCUAUAUCUGUGCCUGAAUCAACACCUGGAGCUACUAUACGUAAUGAGAUCAUUCCUGGAGCUACUAUACGUAAUGAGAUCAUUCGUGUCUGCCUCUAUUACGGGGACUUCAACCUGCCUCUUCCCUCUGCUACCUUUGAAGUGAAGGCGGAUAGCUGCCUCAACGUAUUGAAAGCAGAGAUAUUGAAGCAGGUUGAGAGCUACUUGGUCCUUAAAUUGCCCUCUGCUGAAGAAGUAAGAGUAGGUGGAUCUAGUCAGUGUGAUAUAUCUCUUGCCCAGUGUCAGCUUUUUGGAAUGGCAAAUAUCAAGGUGCUCUUGAAACAACCACCACCAGAAUGGCUUGGCCCUUAUUGUGGAGGAGUGCUCUCUACUAGGUCUAUGAUGACUUUGAAAGAAUUGGUAAUUUUACGAAAUGGAACAGAUAGAUGGCCAGCAGUAAGGUUCAAGCUUCGUAUGCAUCCUCAGAGAAUGGUUCUACAUAUAAAGGAAGUGAUUGAGAAGAUUUCCAAUGCUAAAAAGCGCUAUCAGAGGCUGCUGAACUAUGCAACUGAAGAAGAAUUGUUUGAUUAUUCCCAGAUUUCCCAGAUCUGUACCAUGAUAGAGCUCAGAAUUAGUGUUCAAGGUUUAUCAGAGGCUGCUAAACUAUGCCACUGAAGAACUUGGAGAUUAUACAUGAUUUCCCUGAUCUGUACUGUGAUAGAGCUCAGAAUUUAGACAGACCCACCUACAUGAUUCAUUGAUUCAGUAGUAGCAUGCCUGCACCUUGCAAAAGAAAAGGCUGCAAGGAUGACACUUUUGUAUAGAGAUAGAGCUCAGGAUUAAGACAGACCACCUACGUACAGUCUAGUCUAGUUAAUCUUUUCUGCAAAGUGUGUGAUGACUGGAAAACAUUAGUUGCUUUGGUCAUGAAUUCUGUGGCCAGAUCAUUCAGAAAUUUACAAAACCAAAUACUACAAUUUUUCUCAUCAA